GACAGUGUCAGCACAGCGCCCUUUCGCCUACGACCCGGCCGAAGGGGCCGUCGAGUUGCACGCUGUAUUGCUGCUCCCGGGUGGCGGCGGUGGCGGGCAGCCCGCGGGGCCAGCCGCCCUCCUCUGCUCGGCCGGCGGGCGUCCGCCCUUGCGGUUGUGCGCCUUGGCGCGGGAGGCGCCGCAGUGCAAGGUGCGGUUGCGCCUGGAGCGAGACGCGGUCACCUUCACGUGCGCUGGCGCGGGGGAGGUGCUGAUCACGGGCUUGCUUAGGCCGCACGAGGGCGCUGGUAUUGCGCCGGCAGCCUCCCAGGAGGUCGCUAAACCGCCACCCGUGGAGGGCAGGGCCUGGGACAACAGGGCCGCCGCGCGGGCAGCCACCCCCGCCCCGGCCGCCGCGCCGGCGCCGGCGGCCGGCGCGGGUGCCAAGCGCGGAGGGGCCGCCGCCUCCAGCGCGCCAGCCGCCGCGCCCGCGACGGGCGGCGAGGGCGACCGGGGAGGCAAGAAGCGGAAGCUGGGGCAGGAGGACAAGCCCGCCGUCCCAGUGGCGCGCAGGCAGCUCGGGUCGGGCCUCGAGUACGAGGUCCCCCCGCAGGCCCCGCCGCCGCCUCGGGCAAGACCGUGCAGGUGA